UGGUUGUGAUACCAAGGGUGUGCAAACACCUCCUGUUCUGACAAAGCAUGCACCCCCUCCACACACACACACACACACAGACACACUAUGCAAAACUGGACAGUGGUUUCUGAAAACAUACAGACAAAGCUCACUACUCUUCCACGGGAAGUUGGGACCCACACACAGCAUCUGGUUGCAUACAUCCACACAGAUACACACGCUUCUUCCCAUGUAGCUUUAACACUGUGAAGACUUGAACCAGCUGAUUCUCUUGCAUGUAAAGAUGUGCUGUAGUGACGAGUGCACACUCCGCAACCUGUUCUUCUGAGAACCAUGAGUUUGUUUCUAGUUUCCUGUUGAACUGAUGAUACGUAUGACCACCUGAAGACAUGCUGAACUUAACGUCGCCGUCCACUGAAAACCAAACCAUGUUUUCCCAAACCACAGCCACGAAUUCUUUCAUGAACACAAGCUCGCCAGGCACCACAAAACCACCGGGUGAUGAUGACAACAACACUAGCAUCGUCCUGCUCCCCAUCUACUCUCUGGUUCUGCUCACUGGCACUGUAAGCCUGAGCCUGAUGGUGCACAUCAUGAGGUCAAGCACUGCAUCCAUCACCCCAUCACCGUUCUUUAACCUCAUCUUUGCCCACUUCAUCUUCCUCGUCACCGUCCCCUUCAGGAUUUACUACUACACCACUAAUCACUGGAACAUGGGAGCUGGAUGGUGUAAAGUGGUCAGCAGCAUGAUCCACAUCCACAUGUACAUGUCCUUUAUUUUCUAUGUGAUUAUCCUACUAACGCGCCUGAUGACGUUCUACCACAGAGCGGAGCAGAUGGCGUCCCUCCAGAGGAUUCAAGCACUGGUUGUGAGCGCUAUGGUGUGGAUAGUGGUGCUUGUCACAGUACCCUUAAUAAUCCACUAUUCCUACGGCAGAAACCCCAAUGACAAACAGUGCUUCAAGUUUGGCAAAAGUAUAAAAAAUAGUGCCAGAGUGAUCAACUACAUUAUCAGCACGUUGAUCAUUGUUGUGGCCACGGUGCUAGCCGGCCUCCAAGCAAACGUCCUCAGGGUGUUAUACCGGAAACACAGCGAGGGAUGCAACUCGCAGCAAGAGUUUGGAGCUCAGCUGAAGAGUAUGUGCUUUGCUCUCAUCAUGGUGGUCUGCUUCAUUCCCUACCACAUGUUCCGGCUGGGUUACUUACAGGAUAUUCACCUGGAGGAUGCCAAUGAAGUUUUCCUGAGUCACACCUUUAACUGUUUGGACAUGCUCACUUUCUUGGGAAGGAGAAACUGCUACAUGUGCUUUCUGGGAAGGGCUCCUUAAAAAGGGACUUCAUAUUAUAGAAAAGUGUCUCUUUACAAGCCUUUAAUGCAGCUGUUGUCAAAACUGUUUAAUGUGGAGGCCAAAAAAUAUCCAAAUAGUGAAGUGGUAUGUUUGAAAAUGAUGCAGAUACUGGAACACAUACAGAAGUAAAGCAGGAUAUGCUGCAGAAGAAAUAAAUCUGCAAAAACAAACGACUUUGCUUACACACCAUGAGUAUGCAGUGACUAUAUUUACUCACGGCACAUUUUCUAUUGAUGCAUUGUUUCACUUUUCAUUCUUUUUUUCACAUGAGUGUUGCAGAAUGAUACAAGACAGGUGAGAGACAUGACCCUAUAUGAUACAGUAUGGAAGAGGAGACUACAAGUGUGCACACUGAGGAGAGAUGAAACCAAAAAGACAGAGGUUUACAGGAACUAACAACAUUCUGUGGUACUGAGAGUUGGGGACGUUGAAAGGUUGUGUGUGUGUGUGUGUGUGAAGUGUGUGUUGUUUCGAUUUUCGAAAGCACAUGUGUCAUGUAAGGGUGCGUGUCUUUUAUUCUACUUUUAUUGCACCUUUCUAUUUGAUAUUACAUUUGCAUUGUUGCCAAAUUUGCAGCUCGUCAUUUCAUGUACUGUAAUUUUUCCACUUUGAUGCCGUUUGUUUGAUUUGCAAUCCUGCAAGUUUCUGUCUUCCACUUCAUUUGUUGUCUUUGUUUUAAAUGUUGUGUAUGUUUAUAUUUUUUUAAAUAUUCAUUGUGUCUGAAUUUACAGCAUGUCUUUCCUGAACAAGAUCUUUAUUGGCAGCAGCAGCAUAUCUGCCCUGCCAGAGGGUUGGCACUGCCCCCCCUUGUAACCUGAUUGGACAGCCAAAAAUCCUGAGUUAUGAUUGGAUGUUUUUCUUGACAAAGGCAGGACUUAUGCUAAAAUCAACUGUUUGGAAAGGAUCCACAGGUUGGUAGAUGUCUUUGACUUUAAAUGUAGCACAUAAGUUUUUGUUUAUGCCUUUAAUUGUGACUUAAAUUUCAGCACUUUGUUGUGUCAUUUGAAAGUGAAAAAUAUAGAUUUAUAUAAAGAAAUACAAACCGCUGUAUGACACUUAAAAUCCUGUUAUAUGAGUAGAUAGUGAAGACAGAGAGGGUGAAAGCUAUUUAUUAAUGUGUGCCUAUGUCAGCUCUCCAGUUGCCCC